GUAUUUAAACAUUUAAGUCAAUACAGCUCGUUCAGUGUAUCUCAUAAUUUUUUACAAGCAAUUUUAAUUAAUCAGCCACACAUGGGUAACAGAGAAGAAAAACUGAGAUCCAUGUGACACACUGUUAUAAAGAUGCCAUUUAUUAAGGAGGAAAGUGAAGACAUGAAGAUUGAAGAAGCAUUCAGAGUGAAACAUGAAGAUAAUGAGCAACGAACAGAUCUGAUGGUACUGAAAGAGGAGAGUCAGCUGAAUGAAAUGGAAGAGAAAGAUCAGUAUGAGAAACAUGACUCCAAUACUGGUGAAAAAUCCACACAAGCUAAUAAGAUUUCCUCAUGGAAAAGAGCUCCAAAAAUCAGAUCUAACAGUAGCUUCACCUGCUUUCAAUGCGGAAAGAGUUUCCAUCAGAAACAAAGCCUUGACAUCCACAUGAGAAUUCACACCGGAGAGAAGCCUUACACCUGCAGACUGUGUGGAACAAGUUUCAUUCAACAAGCGCAUCUUAAAAAACACAUGACAAUUCACUCGGGAGUAAAGCCUUUCACCUGCAAACUGUGUGGAAAGAGCUUCAUAGCACAAUUAAACCUUAGGUAUCACAUGAGAGUUCACACUGGAGAGAGGCCUUACACUUGCCCUCAGUGUGGAAAGAGUUUUACACAGAAUAACACCCUUAAUUUCCACAUGAAAAUUCACACUGGAGAGAAUUCUUUCACCUGUCAACUGUGCGGAAACAGUUUCACUGAAAAGCAAAGCCUUAAAGUCCACAUGAGAGUUCAUACUGGAGAAAAGCCUUACGCAUGCACUCAGUGCUUGAAGAGUUUUACGCAUAAAAACACCCUUAAUUACCACAUGAGAAUUCACACUGGAGAGAAGCUGUUCACAUGUAAUCAGUGUGGAAAGAGCUUCAUAACAGAAAUAAACCUUAGGUUGCACAUGAACAUUCACACCGGAGAGAAACAGUUCACCUGCGAUCAGUGUGGAAAGAGCUUCACACGAAAAGUAAACCUUAAAUCCCACAUGAGGAUACACUCAGAAGAGAACAGUUUUAAAUGUCAUCAGUGUGGAAAGAGUUUCAGUCAUAAAAGUAAAGUCAGCUCUCACAUGAGAAUUCACACUGGAGAGAAACCUUUCAACUGCAAACUGUGUGGGAGAAGCUUCUCACAAAAAGGCAAUCUUAAGAUUCACAUGAGGCUUCACACCAGUUAGAAGCUGUCCAUAUGUGUGGAAAAUGUUUAGAAGUCUUCAGUGUGUGAAGACUUUCAGUUAUGGAUAGUUCACCCAAAAAUGAGAAUUUGCUGUUAGUUUACUCACCUUCAGGCCAUCCAUAGUGUAGGUGAUGUGGAACAGUAAAGAUUUUUACAUGAAACCGUUGUCCUUGGUGAUUCAUAAAAUGCUACAGUUACCAUCAACCUAAGAGUCUAAAAAAGCAUAUUAGGCAGCAGCAUAGAUAUACAAGUUUCUCAAUCAAAACUCAAGUUCAGAUGUCUGACAGUCACCAAAAUACCAAGGUAGUUAAUCCUAUGAUGCCAGUUUUUGCCAGCUCGUUCAGCACUUCAGUUAGUACACUACACUGAAAUGAGGAAACAGCUUGGCCUCAGACAAAAGAACUUAUGGGCUGCUGAUACAAGCAUUUGUGAACCAAGCACUUGAACGAAGAGGCAAAAUUAAAGUUUCUUAUGGUUUAUGUAAAAAGGUGAGGUGAUUAAGGCUAGUUUAUUGACCUUAUAUGCUUAGACAUGUAAAACAUCCACAUUUCACAUCACUUCACCACCUAUACAUUAAACCAUUGUGUCAUUAUGUAAACAAACUGCUGAAUUAGUUAUUUGAACCAGUUCAUUGAAACAAACUGUCAAAAAGAACCAGUUCCUGGAAAAGAAUUGGACCUUAAGAUAUGGAUCACAGGUUAUAACGUUGUAAAUAAUAAUAAUCAUUUUGCUUCAAAAGUCCUCAAUAUAUCAUCAGGAUCCACAAAUAUUAAUUUUGUAUUGUGAGUCCACGGUUUCACUUAAAAAUCUUUAAUUCACUGGUAUUGUAUGAAGCCAUUGCCUUUGUAUGCAUAUAUUGAUGCUUCUGAAUCAAAAUAAACUAUUAUGUUAAAGUUCAGAGUGUGCUGAUACAGCAGACCAAACUGUGAAUUGUCAUGUUCUUGACAGCGGAUGUAAUUUGCAUAACCAUGUAACCAUUUGCAGAUUUAUGGUUUUCUCUCAUCUGGCCUUUCUGUUUUACAUUUCUUACAGUAUUGUUUACAUUUUUUGGUAAUAUUUUGAUAACAAUAAAUAAUUGAACAGACAAUGAACAA